CUGCGAACAAUUGGCGCAAUUAAGCCGCCUGAUCCCACGUCGCCAAUAACCCUUGGAGCAGCCAGAUCGGAUCUCUUACUCACGAGUUCUCCGGCGACUGACAAACCGCGAACUGCACAAGGAGUGCAGUCGGGGUUGCGCUUUAUCCCGCUCUCUAUCGUGACAGGCCCCCGUCCGCUCGCGUGUUCUAAAAUGCGAAGAGAUACCAGAAAUCACGUUUUCCACGUACUCACGUUCUUCGACAUUUGACGAGGACCGUGAGAACUUUAUUCGAUUAUCGUACCGCGCCAGGACCGCGAGAGCAACAGAAUUUUCCGAGGAGCAUGCUCAAUAUCCUUUCGAAAGCUCUCCGUGCCCGAACGGCGAACACAGAAUCGCGUCAAAAACUACCACACGGUUCGCGGUAAAAAAGGCGUAUUUUCGCAACAAGUGCGAUCGGCCCGGUGCCGUGCAAUUUCACGCUCGCGUUUUCUUGUGCGCGUUAUGACGAUAGACCUUUUUCAUUAGUGCGUAAUUAUGUGGAGUGUCGAGAUGUUGUUGGUGCUUUUCUUCGUAUAUUUCCUGUCGGUGCAUCCGGCAGAGGGUGCCGCUCCGGGGGAGGUGGAAAAUGGUCAAUGUCGUACUGCCCUCGGGAUGGAAGAGGGUAAAAUUCCAGAUCACGCAAUAAGUGCCAGUUCCUCCUACGAAGCGAAAAGUGUAGGACCACAAAAUGCAAGGAUACGACAGGAAAAAAAUGGAGGAGCUUGGUGCCCGAAAGCGCAGAUAAGUAGUGACAUCAAAGAGUACCUCGAAGUAGAUUUGACUAAAAACCACUUGAUCACGUGGACGGAAACACAGGGUAGAUUCGGAAAUGGACAGGGUCAAGAAUUCGCUGAGGCUUUCCUAGUUGAGUACUGGAGGCCUGCACUGAACCAGUGGAUUGUUUACAAGGAUUCCAGAGGAGAAAAAGUAUUAACAGGAAACAGCAACACGUAUCUAGUAGUGCGCCAAAGGCUAGAGCUUCCGUUCGUUGCAACCAAGGUUCGUUUCAUCCCUUACAGCGAACAUCCCAGGACUGUUUGCAUGAGGGUGGAAUUAUACGGAUGUACCUGGGAACAGAGUAUCGUCAAAUACAGUUCACCAAAAGGAGAAAUAAGAGAUAAGAAUAUAAACCUUGAGGACAUAAGUUACGAUGGUGUCAUCGAAGGUAAUUACCAGAAGGACGGUUUAGGUCAGCUGAUUGAUGGUCUCUAUGGAGAUGACGAUUAUCAGAAGCAGCUUCAAGGUGAAAAUUCAGGGACCAGAUGGGUUGGAUGGAGUAAUGGUACACGAGGUGGUGAUCCAGUAGAUAUAACUUUCGAAUUCGGAGGUAUCAGGGAAUUUCAUGCCGUUCAUUUGCAUUGCAACAAUAUGUUCACUAGGGGAGUACAAAUAUUCAAUCAGGCGGAGAUUCUGUUCAGCGUAGACGGCGAAAGAUAUCAGGCCAGCACCGUUCACGCGAUGAUUCCUGUGGACCUAACCAGGGAAUCUGCCAGAAAUAUAACGAUAAAACUCCAUGGGAAACCCGCCAAGUUCAUCAAGCUCCGAUUAUCAUUCACGAACAAGUGGAUGUUGAUUAGCGAGAUUUCAUUCGAAUCAGCUCCUGUUUCAAACAACCUGACCGAAGACCUACUCGGCAAAUAUCUCGUUCAACCAGGCGAAGACACAGCCACCACAUCGCCAAACUCUUCAUCGAAUGAAGAAAGCAAACACACGAGAAAAGAAGUUACACCUGCUUCAAGUCCAACCAGCAGCGCACAAGCUUACAUCGGUCUGAUCACAGGGGUUCUGGCCAUGGUCGUCCUCCUUUUAGCUUGCACGGUCUUCCUCAUGAUAAGAAGAGGUAGAAAAAAAGUUGCCCUACUGCACAAGCAUACUGCCCUCGUAUCCAGCAGUACCAAGCCGGGGGUGACCAUCAACAUGAAAGAUCUGAAGCAUAAGUCAACGCCAAUAAUCAACAACGGUUUGUCUCGAUCGAGGUUAUCCGUUAAGAGCAAAUCGAAUACGUUGAACGGUGAAGAGUCUAAGAAGUCAAAGAAAUCGAAGGCCUACAAUGCUGAGGAAUCUGAUAGUGAAACUUCUUCAGUCUACCACGAACCUUACAAACUACUGCCAAAUACGAAGACUGAGUAUGGUUGUUUGCUGAAGAAGGAUAUUAUGAAAACUAGUAAAAGUGUGGAUUACACGGAGUAUUCGCGUACGAAUGGAUAUCAGCCGGACCAGAAGUUCAGCUCGCCCUCGUUCUAUAAUUUGGCUCCACCGCCGCCCCCCUUGUCGAGGCCACCCGCAUACGAGGUACAGAAUUACCAGAAACCCAACAUAACCCCAAACGGAGCGAUUCCGACCGAAAACUUCUAUGCAGCGACCGAUAUCAUCAAGGGGGAGCGAAGAGAGCAACAUUUCACUCCUGGUAGAUUCACUCCUAUCAAAUUACCUGAGGGCCCCCCUCUGGAAGGAGUUGCUCAUCUGUUGGACUUUCCAAGGCAUCGCCUCAGAUUAUUGGAGAAGUUGGGGGAAGGUGACUUUGGCAUGGUGCAUCUUUGUGAAGCUGAAGGUUUACCGGAUUUCAAUGGAGCUUCGUCAUUUCACAAGAAGCAACUAGUUAUAGUGAAAAGCUUAUGGAGGGGUUGUGGUGAUUCGAAGAGGCAUGAAUUCUUGAGAGAGACGAGCUGGUUGGCAGGACUGAGAGAUCCGAAUCUGGCAAGGGUGGUUGGGUUCUGCAGCCAGGAGGAACCUAUGUGCGCCCUCAUCGAACAUUCGGAACCUGGAGAACUGCCAAAAUUUCUAGGACAACGAACAGGAAACGAAGAAGGAAUUCCCGCAAUAAGUUAUGGUUGUUUAAUUUAUCUGGCAACCCAAAUUGCUUCAGGAAUGAGAUAUCUAGAGUCACUAGAUUUAGUACAUCGAGAUUUAGCUGCCAGAAACUGUGUGAUCGACAAAUCGUUCACGGUGAAAAUUUCAGACCAUGCUAUGUACUGUGAUAGAUACGAAGGAGAUUACUAUAUCAGUGAUACUAAAACAAAACUGCCACUCCGAUGGAUGUCCUGGGAGAGCCUCCUUUUGGGAAAUCAAACUACCAAGAGCGACGUAUGGGCGUUUGCUGUGACCCUCUGGGAAAUCUUGAUGUUCUGCACGCAGCAACCAUUCGCAGAGCUCACCAGCGAACAGGUGGUGGAAAACUCCAACCACUGGUACCAAAAUGACGGGUGUCAAAGAUACCUCCCAAGGCCUGCUGCGUGUCCUCGCGAGAUCUACGAUUUGAUGGGAGAAUGCUGGAAGAGGAAUGCCUCUGACCGACCUAAAUUCAGUGAAAUCCAUCUAUUCCUGCAGAGGAAAAAUUUGGGCUACAUGCCUGCGAGCACAUAGAACAACGGAAAUCCACGCGUGUUCUACAUGGAACUGUAACAAUUUCAACUGAUAAUUCCCCUUGUGUUUCUAAAGUGAUAAAUGUUCUUUUUCUAUUAGAUGUUCGACGAGAUUCAAGACUAUAUUUUCCGGGCUGUAACCAGAAAUUCUCAAAUUAGGGCAGAAUAGAUGGGGCAAAGGAAAAGUCGUUCGUCAUUCAAGCGGAUCCUGAAUGUUGGAAAUUAAGUAACUUAUUUUUUUAAGUAAUAUUCAUACUAUCCCCCACCUCGUGUAUAUAUGUUUUCUCUUUUCCUAAACUUUUGAAAUUGCGGAUCGUCGUUGGUGAAUGAAACAGAAUAAUCGCCUAAUCUAUUCUGUCGAUAAGAAAGUUAAUCUUGUAAAUACGUGUGUUGCACAUUCUUGUCGUCUCCUUUUUUGAUACUUAUUAAUUACAAAUAAAUGAACUAAUUGUGA